UACACAUCAACAGCUAUCAUCGCACAUCAGAGCCCUGGCGAGAGUAGCAGCAGCAGCAGCGGAGUUUCCCGAGUUUGCCAUCAACCGAAAGACCAGUGCUAGUGAAAGUAGCCGUUUUCUCUGGCUUACAAAAAGUUUACAGAACCCUACCAAAGCGCAUAGUUAAACGAAUUGCGGUCGAAGAAUAUUCUCAGCAGCGAUUGUGAAACGCGAACCUGUCUGGGUUGAGGCUGACUUUUUGGAAGUUUUUUUUUCUUUGGGUUGCUGUGUUGUCUCAGCAAGGUUACUUGGUGCGGCGAGGAACAGGGAGUACGCGGAGGGCAAACUCAUCGAGAGUGAAUAGUAGCGAAAAUCAACAAUACAGUGAAACGGUGACCACCGAAGACUAGGCAACAGCAUGUCCAUACCGAACCAAUAUCUGGAGAAAACGGAAGACGUCGCGGACCAGGUGAUCCGCAAGGGUAAACAUAUCCUGCCGCACGUGGCCCGGCUCUGUCUGAUCGCAACCUUCCUGGAGGAUGGCAUCCGCAUGUGGGUCCAGUGGAACGAACAGCGCGAGUACAUGGACAUGAGCUGGAGCUGUGGCAAGUUUCUGGCGACGACGUUCGUGCUGGUGAAUUUGGUCGGCCAGAUCGGUGGCUGCAUUAUGGUGCUGGGUCGCUUGAAGGUAACGAUCGCCUGUGGCGUUCUGUUCUUCAUCGUAGUACUGCAGACCAUCGCUUAUUCCAUCCUUUGGGACAUCCAGUUCCUGUUGCGUAAUCUGGCCCUGAUUGGAGCCCUGCUGCUGGUGUUAGCCGAAUCCCGCGGUGAAGCGCGAAGCUUAUUCGCCGGAGUUCCCUCGCUUGGAGAGAACAAACCGAAAAACUUCAUGCAGCUGGCUGGUCGCAUUCUGUUAGCGUUCAUGUUCAUCACCUUGAUCCGAUUCGAGCUGAGCUUCCUUCAGAUCCUUCAGGACAUUGUCGGUUCCAUUCUGAUGGUUCUGGUUACCGUAGGCUACAAGACUAAGCUGUCGGCACUAAUUUUAGUAGCCCUGCUGACCAUUCUGAAUCUGUAUCACAACGCCUGGUGGACCAUUCCGGCGUACAAACCACUGCGCGAUUUCCUCAAGUACGACUUCUUCCAAACCCUGUCAGUGAUCGGUGGACUGCUGAUGAUCGUUUCCCUUGGUCCGGGUGGUGUUUCGAUGGACGAACAUAAGAAAAAGUGGUAAAAGCUUCCUGGAUAGAGUCAGCAACCAAGAAACAACAAAAUACUUGAAGAAAUCGGAACGCGAUGUAGUAAUGCAUGUAAUGCAAGAUAUUUGAGUCCUGCUGGGACCGGGAAUGUACGAGAGCAUGUGAGAUAGAGAGUUGAACUAAGUUGAAUGUAACCCUGGAGGAGAAACAAUCCCACAACAACAACAAAAACAGAAAACACAUACCAAUUCAUACUGACAGACAGAAAGACAAACCAACAAACAGACACUCUUCGAUUCGAUAGGAAUUUUUUUAAAUAUAUGAAAGAAACAAUAUUUUUAAGAAACAAAAAUUCCUGUAUCUAUGACAAGGGAAAUUAAGAGGAAUCCAUUGCACAUCUUUCCAUUCCAAAGCAGCGAACGCAAAACUGUUGAGAAAAGUUCAAGCAUGGGAUCCGAUACUAAAAGAUGUGAUUUUCUGUGAGCUUAGGACAACCUCGGAAAAUCCAAGCCAAGCUAACUUUUUUCUGUUGACGAUUGAGGACGUUCCCCGAAUUCCGUUCAUAUUAUUUGUUCGUUUACCUUUUAGAAUUCAUUUAUUUCCUUUUUUUAAGCCAACAAGAAAAGUUAGACCUUAUCGGAAAUCUGUUCAUACCACCUAGCAGUUAAUUACUUUAUAAACAAAAACUUAAUAAAUUCAACAAUUGAGUCCAUUUAUUUUCCUUAACUUUAAAUUUCUCGGUUUUCUCCGUCAUUUUGAUUUUUUAAGAACUUUCCAAUAGGAAAUUAAACAAAACUGUCCAAGCGAAUUUAUUUUCACAAAUGAAGGAGCAACACUUCGAAAGACCCGAUUAAACUUAACUAAUCUGGAACGCACAUAAAAACCCCAGCUGAACAAUUAUAUAACCUUACACCUUAAUGAAUGGAAGACAGACGGACAAAAAGUCGAAAUUGAUGUUAAACUAUGUGUAAUUUUAAGAGAAUGAAUAUACAGGUGAGAAAAGAAGUUUAAGAACAACAGUA